AUGGAAUUGAGUUUGCCUUAUCUGAUUUGGAUAUUGGGCCCUGGGCCCAAGCUCUCUCCCGCCACUGAUGACGUGGCCUAUGAUCAAGAAAAUCCCAAGCAACAACUCCAAAUGGGGGAGGCGACCAAGCAAUAUUACCUGCGGAAAAUCCAGGAGCUGGAACUCCAGCUCCUCCACAAGAACCUUGAAUUGGAAAGCAUUAUGGUCCAAUGCUACGAUCUCGGCACUCAAGUGAAAAUGCUUAAAGGAGAGAUGCGGUCUGUUUCUGAAGAACGGAGUUCUUAUGUUGGAGAAGUCAUCAAAGUUCUCAAAGAUGCGGGUAAAUGUAAGGUGAUGGUGAAGAUUAAUCCAACUAUUGAGAAAUUAGUUGUGGAAAUUGGUGAGGGCAUUGAUAUUACAAAGCUCACUCCAUCAACUCGAGUUGCUCUUCGUCCUGGCACCUAUGUGAUCCACGAGAUACUUCCUAAUAAAGUGGAUCCCUCAGUAAAGCUUAUGAAAGUUAAGAAAGUUCCUGAUACCACUUACGAUAUGAUUGGUGGCCUUGACAAGCAAAUCAAAGAGCUCAGGGAGGUCUUCGAGUUCCCAAUUAAGCAUCCUGAACUGUUUGAGGGUAUUGGGAUAACUCAACCCAAGGGAGUAAUUCUAUAUGGGCCACCUGGUAAUGGAAAAACACUGGUUGCUAGGGCAGUUGCUCAUCAUGCUAACUGUAGUUUUAUAAAAUGUUCUGGGUCUGAGUUAGCUCAGAAGCACAUUGGUGAAGGGGCUCGGCUGGUCAGAGAAAUUUUUCUUUUGGCCAGGAAAUUUGCUCAAUCAAUCAUCUUCAUAGAUGAAAUUGACAGUAUAGGAUCUGCUCGAGCACUAUCAAAUAAUAGUGAAGUGCAGCGGACUAUGUCGGAGCUACUAAGUCAACUGGAUGGAUUUGAAGAAUCAAAUGAGAUCAAAGUUUUGAUGGCUACAAACCGUAUUGAUAUAUUGGAUCCAGCCCUCCUUAGGUCUGGACGUAUUGACAGGAAGAUUGAAUUCCCAAAUCCCAGUGAGAAGUCUCGCGUGGAUAUUUUGAAAAUUCACACAAGGAAAAUGAAUUUGAUGCGUGGGAUUGAUCUGAAGAGGAUAGCAGAGAAGACGCAUGGUGCUUCUGGUGCAAUGCUUAAGGCAGUCUGCACUGAAGCUGGAAUGUUUGCCCUGAGGGAAAGGAGGCCUCAUGUAACACAGGAGGAUUUCGAUAUGGCAGUGGAAAAAGUGAAAAAGAUGGAAGAGAAGAAAAACACUGAAAAGGAGGAAAACAUUUCCCUGCAACAGAUUUGGAAGUAAAAUUUUCAGUCAAUUCAAUGGUUUGUUUCAGGUUUUGCAAAUUGGAAGUUCUGCUACAUUAAUUUCAUCUUCUUCUGAAGGAUCAAGAAUUUGAGUCUACUUGGUGCGUAAAUGUGAAAAGAUUAAGCACUUGUUCAAAAUC